AGGCACGCUGAACUAUAAAUAAUGUAGACCCGAGCAGAAAAGGCACAGUCACAACUCUACCUUCGAGGUGUUGAAUUGGAUCUGAGCAAAAUGAAAUUCCUGAUCGCUUUUGCCCUGGUGGCCGUGGCCAGCGCAGAUGUUUCUCAUCUGUUCUCGCACAGCAACAACCUGCAGGAGGAUGGAUACCACUAUGCCCCACCACGCGCUCCGGUCGUCAUCGACGUGCCCUAUGUGCCCCACGAGUCUGCCCCACCAGUAGUGGUCUACGAGGCCCCCAAGCCCAGGCCCACACCCCCUCGCCCCGUCUACACCCCUCCAGUGGUCUUCCACUCCGAGCCCGCUGGUGUCCUCAAGGACGAUGGAUACCACUACGGCCAGCCCUCCGUGAAAUUCGAGGUCUCUGCUCCUCCACCACCAAAGGUUGAGUACCUGCCUCCUCCGACCAAGAAGGUGUAUGUGCCACCCCCAACCAAGAAGGUUGUCUACACCCCACCCCCACCACCACCAACCAAGAAGGUCGUCGUCUACACCCCACCCCCACCACCACCACCGAAGAAGGUCGUGUACACCCCACCCCCAACUGGCAUCCUGAAGGACGAUGGCUACCACUACGGCCAGCCCUCCGUGAAAUUCGAGGUCUCUGCUCCUCCACCACCAAAGGUUGAGUACCUGCCUCCUCCGACCAAGAAGGUGGUUAUCGCCCCUCCCCCAGUGUAUGUGCCACCCCCAACCAAGAAGGUUGUAUACACCCCACCCCCACCACCACCAACCAAGAAGGUCGUCGUCUACACCCCACCCUCACCACCACCACCGAAGAAGGUCGUGUACACCCCACCCCCAACUGGCAUCCUGAAGGACGAUGGCUACCACUACGGCCAGCCCUCCGUGAAAUUCGAGGUCUCUGCUCCUCCAGCACCAAAGGUUGAGUACCUGCCACCCCCACCCACUCCCCCAGUCUACGUGCCACCACCCACCAAGAAGGUCGUUGUGUACACCCCACCUCCACCACCACCACCAGUGUACAUCCCUCCCCCAACCAAGAAGGUCGUUGUGUACACAACACCCCCACCACCACCACCAGUGUACAUCCCUCCCCCAACCAAGAAGGUCGUUGUGUACACCCCACCCCCACCACCACCACCGACCAAGAAAGUGUACGUGACCCCCAAGGUCGAGUACCUGCCCCCCGUCCAGAAGGGAUACAGCUACCCCAACGACCCCCAGCCCGCGUUCAACUUCUAGGCUCUCGAAGCUCGUUGUAAAUACACAGAUUAAGUAUUAGCCAUAUUUUUGAACGAAUUGUGAAUGAGUGGCUUAGCCUUUCCCUAUCGCAGGAAAGCCGAGUCCACUUGAUAUAAGCGUGAAAAUAAAAAUCUUUCGAUUUUAA